CUCUGUAUUUGCGGGACGAUAGUUUUGAGGGGUGAGAGCUCUUUCGAAGAUAAUUGUGAAACUGAAUAUUGCAGAUCAAAGGAAGAACCUUUUAAUUCAUUUCACGAGAACCAGUCCCCCGAUCGAAUCGUUGUACAACAAAUUCUGCUUCUUAAUAAGGUUGAGAUCAUAUAUACAGAAACGAUGACAGAGGCAGAAGGUAGCCAAUGACAAUCCAAUGCAGUUGUUCCUAUGCAGAUUGGUUCUACAAAACAAAGACAUGUUUAGUAGUCUUUGAUAUGGUUCAUGUUGAUGCCUUCUUUUUAUAAGUGGUGAGAUAGUUUUGACAUCCAGCUCCAAUCUGGUGUUCUUGGUCCAUUGGAGUGAUGAGUAUUGAACAGUAGAAGGUUGCUGAUUUACAUUUUGAUAAAGAGAAAUGGCAGACAUGAAUGCUUAUGCUUUGAGGGACACCUCUGUGGUUAUUGUAGAGUUGGAAUCCAGUGAAUAUUAUAUAAUUGUGAGUUUAUCAACAAGGAAAGACACACAAGUUAUCUACAUUGAUCCAACAACUGGGGCACUGCUGUAUACAGCACGCGAGGGGUUUGACAUCUUCUCUUCUGAGGCUGAAGCAUUAGAUUUUGUGACUGCUGGAUCGCAUUGGAUGUGUAAAAAUACUGUACAUGCUAGAGCGAUUUUGGGCUAUGCAGCAUUGGGCAGUACUGCGUUGCUCAUAGUUGCCACAAAACUUGUGGCUUCAAUUCCAGAACUUCCAGGGGGGGGAUGUGUUUACACUGUAGCAGAGAGCCAGUGUUUAAAAAUUCAACUUCAAAAUCCUCAAGUUCAGUAUAAAGGGGAGUUAAAAAAUAUUCAGGAGUUUGCAGAUAUUGAUAUUGAGGGGAAGUAUUAUUUUUGUGAAACAAGGGAUAUUACAAGGCCUUUUCCCAGUGAAUCAUCUGUUUUGGAUCCAGAUGAAGAGUUCGUUUGGAACCAGUGGUUAUCAUCACAAUUUAGGGAUAUAGGACUCCUGCAACAUUGUGUUAUACUUUUGCAGGGAUUUGCAGAGUAUAGAACUUUUGAAGAUUCAAAUCAACAAGAAAUUGCUGUUUCUCUUACUGCUCGACGGAGUAGAAUUCAUCCUGGAACCCGCUAUUUGGCCCGAGGUCUGAAUGCAGCAUGUAGCACAGGAAAUGAAGUGGAAUGUGAGCAACUUGUUUGGGUGCUGAGGAUACCUACUGGCAGGCCCAUUCCUUUUAGUGUGUAUCUUUGGCGACGGGGGACGGUGCCAAUUUGGUGGGGAGCAGAAUUAAAGCUGACUGCUGCUGAGGCAGAAAUUUAUAUAUCAUCCCAAGAUCCUUACAGAGGAGCUGCUCGGUACUACAAUAGGUUGAGCAGGAGGUACAGAAAUAGAAAGGAGAGUGAAAAUGCUCAAAAAAAUAUCAAGAGUUCUAAAGUUCCAAUUGUAUGUGUUAAUCUACUCAGAAACAGUGAAGGUAAAGCAGAAACAGGAUUGCUUGAGCAUUUCCAGGAAUCAAUAAAGGAAGUUAUGUCAAGGGGACAGCUCUCUGAUGCAUCAAUUCAUCUAAUCAACUAUGAUUGGCAUGGAAGUGUAAAACUUAAAGGAGAGGCUAAGACGGUGGAAGGACUUUGGUCUUUGUUAAGGGCGCCAACCAUUGGUAUAGGUUUUGUUUUGGGAGAGUACAUCCCUUCAUUGGAAAAAGCAAGAAAUCAAGAGGGGUUAAUUAUACACAAUAAGUGCAGAGGAGGAAGAGGAGCAUUCAGUUUAUAUACUUUUCAAAAAGGAAUUUUGCGAUUCAAUUGUGCAGAUUCACUGGAUAGGACAAAUGCAGCUAGUUACUUUGUAGCUGUCCAAGUUUUAGCUGAGCAAUGCCAGCGUAUAGGGCAUUCAAUUGACUUAGAUUUUGGCUUGAGUUCACUACUGGAUGGAGAGAAUUCAAAUGGCUAUUCUGGACCUUUACCGCCAGGCUGGGAACAACGUAAUGAUGCGGUAACUGGAAAGGCGUAUUACAUAGAUCACAACACACGAACAACAACAUGGACUCAUCCAUGUCCUGAUAAGCCAUGGAAGAGGUUUGGUAUGACUAUGGAGCAAAUCAAAAGGACAACAAGUCUACCUCCCAUUUUGGCAUUAGCUGAUCUCUUCCAAUUAGCUGGUGAUAUUCAUGCAACACUUUAUACAGGUUCCAAAGCAAUGCACAGUCAUGUCAUUCACAUAUUCAAUGAUGAGACUACAAAAUACAAACAGUUUUCUGCAGCUCAAAAUAUGAAGAUCACUUUGCAAAGAAGAUAUCAGAAUGUAAUAGUUGAUAGCACUCGGCAAAAGCAGUUGGAAAUGCUCUUGGGCAUACGGCAUCGCAAGUAUCUUCCCUCAGUUCCAGAUACGAUAAUGCAGGUUCUGUCACGGCCUCCUGCAAGUAUUCUCAAACCUGUUGCAAGCAUGUUUCCAACCCUUAACAGUGCAAAUGAUCUUCUCAGCUUCAAGAUCAAAGAUCUUAUCUGGGUUUGUCCUCCAGCAGCAGAUAUUGUGGAGCUUUUCAUAUAUCUAGGAGAACCAUGCCAUGUAUGCCAGCUUCUUUUGACAAUCUCCCAUGGUGCAGAUGAUUUUUCAUCCCCUGCUUCAGUUGAUGUUCGGACGGGAAGUAGUCUUGAUGGACUAAAGCUUGUUGUUGAGGGAGCAACUAUACCACAGUGUACAAAUGGGACAAAAAUCACAAUUCCAUUACCUGGUGUAAGUAAUCCAGAGGAUGUUGCUGUAACUGGUGCAGGUGUGCGAAAACAUACUUUUCCAUGGCUGUAUGAUUUUGAAGAACAGGAGGGAGAUCUGAACUUCUUGACACACAUUGUGGCUUUGACAUUUUACCCUUCCUUUCCUGGAAAAGCUCCUAUUACACUUGGUGAGAUUGAAGUUCUUGGAAUUGCUCUUCCAUGGAAAACAAUAUUUGCAAAUAUUGGUCUUACAGUAGAAUCCCUGGGGCAUGAACAAACAGUUAACCAUAAAAGACCUUCUCAGGCACCUUCAUUUUUAAAAAGCAAUUCACUUCCAGAUGUUUCCUUUCAUGAUAGUAAUGCGAAGACUCUGCUGCAGCCAAGCUCCUCCCUAGGCCAUGGGCUGGAUCUUCUUACAGGAGAUAUUGUUUUUCCCUUGACAGAUUCCCCAUCUAAGUCCCAAUAUAAUGAUGUGAGCUUAAAACCUGAAGAUAGUAGAGACAAUGUUUUUUCAGACAAUACUUUUCUUGGCCAGCCUAGCCUGGGGGACAAUGGAAGAACGUCUCACCCAUUACAAGAUGAAAGCUCCCAAAGUGAGGGUACUGCUGAGAUUUACCUGAUGUUUCUUAAACAGCUUUGCAGUUCAAAUAUGGCAAAGUCCUUGGAUUAUGUAGAGAGUAUGAUGCUUGAAAUAGAACGUCUCAAGUUGAAUAUGUCAGCUGCAGAAAGAGAUAGAGCUCUCCUUUCUAUUGGUCGUGACCCUGCGACUGUUGAUCCUAAUUGGUUUUUAGAACCCUCAUAUAUGGUACAAUUACGUAAAGCUGCACAAAAUCUCUCAUUGCUAAGUGAGUUUGUUUCUGAGGACAAGAAGUUAUCAGCUAUUGGUUUGGAGACCGAUUCAGAAGACAGUUUGGAAUUUUGGAAUGUAAAUGGUUUUGAAGAUCAAUGUGUUGAUCCAAACUGUGAAGUCCGUGCUGAAAAGAAAUUUAUCAAAACCACAGAUUCUACAGUUGCUGCUAAAAAGUUGCGCGAGCUUUUAGUUUGCUCUCGUUGUUCAAGAAAGGUCUGUACUGUUUGCAUGGCUGGAAAGGGUAGUUUAUUGCUUACAAACAAUGGUUCACUUGAUGCAAUGGGUCCAAGGGUUGUUCCUGGCCAAGGUGGGUCAAGUCAUGGUGGUAGUUCUACAUUACAUUCAUCAGCUGCAGAUAAAGUUCUUUGUAAAACUUGUUGCCCCCAAAUCAUUCUAGAUGCUCUUCUUUUGGACCGUGUCAAAGUUCUCAGUUCUUUGAGGCAAAGGUCUCGUGUGAAGUCUGCAGCUUCAAAAGCUUUACAACAGGUGGUAGGAUACAGUCCAGGAAAUUCUGGUUUGGACCUUGGGAAACCCAAUGAUGAUUUUGAGAGAGCUGGAAAAGAUCAAAGUGGGUUGCACACUUUAUUUAAAGGAGAGUCUUCACUUGCAGAAUAUCCCUAUGCAAGUUUGUUAUAUCCGGUUGAAACGGCAGAGGGAUCAGAACCAUCCCUUUCCUUACUUGCUCCUGUAGGUCUUGGUUCAGCAAAGUCAUAUUGGAGAGCUCCAGCAAGUGCCUCGAGUGUGGAGUUUGCUAUUGUCCUGGCCACUACAUCAGUUGUAUCUGGUGUAGCUUUACUUGUCAGCUCAUGUGGCUAUACAACAUUGGACCCUCCUCUUGUACAACUUUGGUGCAGCAACAUGGUCAUGGAAGAAGAGCGCACUUUCAUAGGAAAAUGGGAUGUUCGCUCUACAGUUGCAUCCUCAUCUCAUUUGUAUGGACCAGAAAAUGUGGACAGAAAUGGCAAUGCUCCCCGGCAUUUGAUGUUUAAUUUUCGAAAUCCUGUUAAGUGUCGAAUUAUUUGGAUGAAGCUUAGUCUUCGGAGAUCCGGAUCAUCAUCAGUUGGUUCUAUACAACCAAAUUUUGAUCUGUUAUCUCUUGAAGGAAGCACAUCCUUGCCACCAAGUCGAAGAUCUUCUUUUGGAGGCCAAGUUGCAGUAGCCCCAUACAUUCAUGCAAAAAGAAUUCUAGUGGUGGGAAAGCAUCUACGAGAUGAUUUGAGAUCAGAUGCCUCACUCCAGUCCUCAGAAAAGAUAAGUUUGAGGAGUCUGAUAGAAAGACCUUCCCAACUCAGUCGCUUCAAAGUUCAAAUUGAAGCUGAAAGGUUGUGUGAUGGUGAUCGCAUGCUGGAACAAUACAUAUCUCAAAUGGCUCCUACUGUAGCUGGUUUCCGAUUGGAUGCUUUAUGUGUUGUUAAACCUUUUAAAAAUCAUUCACCUAUUUGUUCAGAGAAAACUUAUAUUGGAAACUUUCUCAAUUCUGUGGAAUCUGCACUGACUAAUCCACCCGUGCUAUUUAUUCAUGUGUCAGCUCUACAGGAAUCAAAUGCUGUAGUUCCUGUUGGGGAAUAUAGGCUGCCUGAAGCUCGACUAGGGACGCCACUCUAUUUUGAUUUUCCAACACCAAUACAAGCUCGAAGAAUAACGUUUGAAUUGUUAGGUGAUGUUACAGCUUUUUAUGACGAGGUGACAGAACAAGAUGAGAAUAUUGUUAGCUAUCCCCCAUUGGCAUCUGGUCUCUCUUUAGCAAACAAAAUCAAAAUAUAUUACUAUGCUCAACCUUCCGAGCUUGGAAAGUGGGCAAAUCUCAAUGCUGUAUGAGAGUUUUUGGUUCUCUGUGUUGAUUGCCUGUAAUUCAUGGCUAUUCAGAUUGUACCCAAGGUCUUGAAAAUAAUCAUUUCUGUAUCUAUAUGUAUUAAAUAGCUUUUAUUUAUUUAUUUCUUGAUUUUUCCAUUUUUACCAUAUAAAUAUAAGGGGUCCAACAAUAAAUGUAGACAAGUGGGGGCCAAUUUUUUGGCUGAAAUUAUAUAAGGGUGUUUAUAAACAGCUACUAAUGCCAUUACAAAAGUUUUGCACUGCAUUAAUGAUUUACCAUCUGGGCAGCCUAGUACAUCCCUUUGUUUCACAACUGCUAAUCGUAUGCUUAAUUUCUAUUUGUAUUGAUCCCUAAGUGGGCCAGUUGUGUUCUUCAGCUUCAACAGUGGAACUUUCCAGUCCAUCAAUUUGAGGCAGCCGAUGUUAUGCUGACAGAAUAGUUCUCAAGGUAUUCAUGUUGGCUGGUAUCGCGACUUUGGCAAAUGCAUACAAUGCUAAUGUAAGAACGUCUAAAAAAUAAACUCUCGGGAUGAGUGAUAGUAAUUGAGCGAUUGAUGUAAUCGUAUCAUUAUUUUUAGUCACCAACUUGUUUGGGAGACCAUAAUGGUUAACUGCAGCUGGUGUGCAUACCAAAAGAAACGUUAACAAAAUCUAUAUUUCUAGACACAAUUGAUCUCUAUUUAUAUUUCA